GUUUUGAAGGAACUUUUGACAACAGAUGUAUCAGAAAGACAGACAUGUUUAAUGUUGUUCAAUAGUUAUUGUGAAUAUUGUUAUAAAUUUAAUAGUUAACAAUAUAAAAAUUUGAAUACUAUUAAGAAAUAAUGACUAUUCUACCUACUAUACGAAAAACAACCGGUGGCGCUGAAGAAAAUAAAGAUGCUAGUCAACAGAAUGCUUCUACUGAAAGAACAAAUAGGAGAAAUGAUAUCAAUAACAUUCAAAUACAAUCCCUUUCUGAAAACUCUACAAGUACAAGAAGAUCAUCUUAUAAAAAUGAUAGAAAGGAUCGUUUCCAUAAAAGAUAUAAAGAAUCAGAGAGACCGAGGGAUAGGGAGAGUGUAAGAGAACAAAAACGGGAAGUAAGAAGAGAACAAAAAAGAGAAAGGAUUGUGUUGGGCAAACGUGAUAUAAUCUCUGAACCUUUACAUGAGCCAAGCGCUAUUACCUCCCCUACGGAUAGUUCUUCUGCUGAGGUACCAUGCAAUAAUGAUAAAAUUGUGAUUAAGGAAGACUGCACUGGUUUUAAUAGUGAAGAUGAGUAUGAUGAAAGUUUUUUUAAAAAUAGGAAUCUCACAGAUGAGGAGUGGCAAAAGAGGGAUGCUCUUUUUGCACGUUAUAUGUCCACCCUUGGAUUUGAAAUAAAAAAUAUGCAUGAAGAUGGUGCUUGCCUCUUUCGCUCAAUUGCUGACCAAGUAUAUGGAGAUCAAGAAUUUCAUUUUCAAGUCAGGCAAGAUUGCAUGAAUUACAUUGUACAGAACCGUGACUAUUUUGAACCUUAUGUUACUGAAGAUUUUGAAAAAUAUGUAGCUCGAAAGCGUACUUGGCAUGUCCAUGGUAACCAUUUGGAAAUUCAAGCUAUGAGUGAACUUUACAAUAGAGCAAUCGAAGUCUAUUGUUAUCAAGUUGAACCUAUAAACAUAUUUAAUGGAGCAAGAAUUACUUCUUAUGAACCAAUCAGACUCUCCUAUCAUAGAAUGUGCCACUAUAACUCCAUCAGUAACCCCAACAGUCCGUCUGUUGGUGUAGGUCUAGGCCUUCCUAAUUACAAGCCUGUUGAUAUUGACAGAAGAAGAUUCAAUGAUGCUGUUAGAGCAAGUGAAGAAUUACUCAUUGAACAGACUAUGUUGGAAGAUAAAAUCAAAGCAACUGAUUGGGAGGCUACCAAUGAAGCUAUAGAAGAACAAGUUGCUAGAGAAUCAUAUAUUCAAUAUUUUAGGGAUACAGAGAGGCGAUUAAAAGUUGAAGGACAUGCUCAAGCUAGUGCCAGUAGCUCUACAAUAACUUCAGCCAUGAUUUCAAGUCCUAGAACUUCUAGACGUGGAUCAGUAUCACCUAAAGGUGGACAGUCUCCAAAGGGAUCUUGUUCCCCAAAAAAUAGCUUUUCCCCUUUAGCAAGCCCUAGAUCAAAUUCUGGCAAUAUGUCAAUGAUUCCUGACUUUGGUAUUGAAAAUGUGCCUGUACCAUUGGUUCCUAUGAAAGAAGAAGAAGCCCUCGCUAAGAGAUUAUACAAUUCUCCCAGGCGAAUCACUGAACAGACCGAUACUAACUUUCCUGGUGAACCAUUGCCUCCAGAUUUCUCUAAUCAAGCUGGUCCUUCUACCAUUGACAAUAACCUUGGAUAUGAUGACUUUGAUCAAGAGAUAAUGGCCCAAGUGCUGGCAGAAUCCCAGAAAACCUACCUAGAAGAACUGAAACAUAAAUCCAAGAAAAGAAACAGUUCACCAGGGCCAUCAACUUCAUCAUAGUGGACACGAGCAUGCAGUUGAACAUUAAGUUUUAAUCUAAUUCUUCUUCAACUUACAUAAUAUCACCUAUCAGGCUGAUCUGUGUAUUUUUACAAUUUUAUUCGCUUUUUAAUAAUAGUACCAAGUGAUAUUCAACAUUGAUAAGAGUUAUUGCAAUAAUAAUUGGUAAACAUUGUUUUUAGAUGUCUGUGUUAGGGGUAAUUAUUGCCCGCCACAAACUACUCGAAUUAUUUGGUUUGAAAUUCAUCAAAAAUCAUCAUCUGCAGCUUCAUUUUUACGAUUUGUCAUGUCGUGGCCCUCUUUACAUAUUUAGAUAUUCAUCCUUUAAUUAUUCCUAUCAACAAGGCCUUCCUGAUCUCUUUCUAUUUUCAAAAAUUGAUAUACGUCGAGCUUGACUAUGAAUUAUUAAUAUAUCAAAAAUUGAUGAACAAACAUUUUAACAUUUGAAAGUGAAUAUGAAAAUUUAGAAAAAAAUUCCCCAUUAUCUUUUUUAUUUAAAUUUACAAAUUCAUAUACUCAAUUUUUAAACCAUUCGAUACGAUUUUCUGCGCAAAGUAGCGCCACUCGACUAUCAAAUUUUAUUUUAUUAAAAACUAAUUUGUACAUACCUUACUGUCAAGUAAAUUAAUCCACUGCCUAAAUAAAUAUUUUCACAAAUUCCGCCGAAUUAAACUGAUAACAGUUAUAAUUACUAAAUACAUUAAAUAUCUACUAUAACUAUACACUAUGAAAAAAAUCGACUAAAACGAAACGAAAAUUACCGCACUAUUAAAAUUUUCUACCUUAAAUUGUUAAGAUAGGUAGUAGGAUGUUAUUUCAAAAAUAAAAUUGUGUUUUGCGUCAUAAUUCUACUCGAUUUCCACUACCUCUAUCACUUAGGGUUGAGUCUUCUUCUGGGUCUCUUCAUGUUUCUCUAUAUAUUCACUUAUAUGUUAUAUGUAUAAGUUUCGACGAGAUGUAGGUAUAUAAGCAGCGAAGCUAUUAUACAGGAUGGUAUCAAUGAAGAAACUAAAAAAAUGAAUAUAGUUUAAAAUAAGAACUAAAGAACACGCCUAGAAUAACAAAAAAAUAUGAAUGAAAAAUAUUAGUAUUAUUGUGAAAAACUGUCGGGCGUUCCAUGAACGAGAAAUGUGGAACAAAGCGCCCCACUCGUUUUUUACAAUAAUACUAGUAUUUUCUAUUCAUUGUUUUAAGCUUAUUUUAAAAAUUAUUCAGUUUCCCGUGCUUUAAAAGUUUGUUCUUUAGUUUUUAGUUUGAACUAUAUUUUUCAAUUUUUAGUUUCUUAAUUGACACCACCCUCGUAUGAUGGCUUCGCUGCUUAUAUAUCUACAUAUAGUCUAAAUUGGUAUCGAGCCUACAGAAUAGUUGGUAAUGUUGUAGAAGUACUUAUUUUCCAACAUUUGCCACUUGCUCUCAGUCUAAAGGAGAAUUACAAGUGAACAAACAAACCCAUAUACAGGUGAAGCUAAUAAAAGCGUGUUAAAAAGACCGUAAUUGAAAUGAGAGGAGUUAGCAACAUUUUAUUCUUAUAUAUAAAUAAAAAACAACUUGGGUGUCGUGGGCUUAUCCUCAUACACGUCUAGAAUUAUCUGAUUUAAUAUAUGGCGGGCAUUUAUCAUAAAUUAAUAUGUUUUCCAAUAAUAAAAUAGUUCAGUAUUAAUAAUGCCAGUUAGAGCUUGAAAUAAUAUGAUAUAUUUAGUAAUAAUUAUUAUUUAUCACAAUUUUUUCAACUUUUUCAUACCAGAAUAGAUUUGAACGAGAUAUGCACAGAUUAGUCUUUUAUAAGACCAUGUAUUUUAUAUAACAGUGAAAGUUGUGUACUUUUUAGGCUUUUUCAUUGUUCGAGUGUCGCACUUAAUUUUACAUUAUCAAAUCUGUCAAAAUAUUUUCAAGGAAAAUUUUAUUUUCAAAUUUUAGAUAAUCAUUGCAUGGUGAAAAAUUAACAUUCCAAGAAUCAAAAUACUCAUAACAAUUGUUGAUGUUGAUUUUAUACAUAUUAUUUUAAUUAAAUUUUAUUCGAUUAAUUAUAUGAGUAUUCCUGAAAAAUUUCGGCAGAUUUUAUUUAGGGGAUGUUUUUAAUAAUUUACUUACAAUAGAUCUUCGCCGAGGCGACUCUAGGAACGCGAAUGCGCGAGACUCGAAUAUAUAUUGCCGCGAACAUACCUCGAAUCGGUUCGUGCGUUGACUCGCACACACUAGAACUGCGUAGUGUACAUUAUCGAUUCUAAGGAUGUCGGAAAUCAAUAAAGUAUGGAUAUUUUUGAAUAUAUUGAUAUAUAGGUACAUGAACAAUUAAUAUUUGGCCCAAUGUACUUCAUUCAUCUUGUUUGUGGAUAUUGGGGAAUGAUAUACACUACGACCCAAAGGAUCUAUUGUGUCCCCAUUUCUUGCUGCGAUACUGGGGAUUCAACAUCUAAUAGAAAUAUUAUCCAGACUACUAGAUGCUGCAUGAUAUGUAUCAAAUCACACCCAUCACAUGGACCUGAGAGUGCCCACAGGACACAAGACAAUCAUCAAACACCAUAAAACUAUGGAAACUUACCCAAAUCCACUACUAGACCUACAGGACAGGAAGUUAUAGAAGACGAUCAUCGAACACCAUAAAACCAUGAAAACUCACCCAAAUCCACUAUUAGACCUACAGGACAAGAAGUUAUAAAAGGGACAAUCAUCGAACAUCAAAAAAUCAUGGAAACUCACCCAAAUCCACUAUUAGGCCCAAAGACAAGAAGUUAUAAAAUAGAUUAUCAUCGAACACCAUAAAACCAUGUAAACUCACUCAACUAGAGGAAUUGUUAAGACCAAGAAUCACAAAAAGGCUGACUGAUAGACCUAGUAUGAGGUAUUGGAGGAUACACUAUUUUGAUGUAAACCUCAUCAAAACAUCAAAGAAUGUAAAUAAAUAUUCUGAUUGUUAUAAAAAAAAAAGUUGAAAUAUUUUUUCCUAUGGUCAUUAAAAUUCAUUUAACAUAUUAGAUAAAUACUAAUCAAUAAACAUCAUUUUUAAUAAAUCCAGAACAAAGAUAAAAAAUAUACAGAUACAGACAUGAGAAAACUAUUUGAUUUAUAUACUCUGUUGUUACUGCGAGAUUUGCAGCACAUGUCACUCUCUCUGAAGAAACGGAGGUCGCAGGCGAUAUUAAAUACUAUAGAGCUAUGUCUGAAAGGAUUGGGGUGAAAUGGCGACAAUCAAACCAGAAUUUGGUUGGAUUAUCUUUUCUGUGUAUUAUAGGUAUUUUCUGAGUUUGGAAUUGUUGUGUUAGUAGUGGGUCUGAGUUCAGGUUGCGCAUGCUUGAAAAAUACCUUGUACAGGUUGAGAAUGCGUAGAACCGAAGUGGAACCUCGGAGGAUAGAUAAAUCGUUAUCAAUCUGUCUUUCUUAGUCGGAACAGCUUCCACUUAUAGAAACUGUCCAUAUAGAAGUAUUACAUAAAUGCUGACAUUGAACUUAACUGACGUUGACAGACAAGUUACCAACUUAAAAACUAACUCGAUUACCAUUUUAAAAAGCAGCAAGUCGAGUCGACCAAAAACAAAAAAAAAGUAAUUUGUUGUACAUUGUCUGUUCUUGGGUCGCUUCUACGAGCAAGUACUGUCAACAUUACAGAUAUAUAUAUAUAUAUAUAUAUAUAUAUAUAUAUAUAUAUAUAUAUAUAUAUAUAUAUAUAUAUAUGUAUAUAUAUAUAUAUAUAUAUAUAUAUAUAUAUAUAUAUAAUAUAUAUAUAUAAACCUUCAUCAUACUAUUUAUGUGUAACUGAUCCGUUAUUAUUUAUUUAGUUAUUUUUAUGCCCAGUUACAAAAUAUGCAUGAUAAAAAUAUAUUUUUGACAGUCGAUGAAAAUUAUUAAGGGGAUAUUCGAUUGUCGUUAAAUACUGCUUGUGAGAUUGUAUUCGAUUUAUAAUCAUUUUAAAUAUAAUCAUUAUAAUUCAAAUUCAAAAUUUGAAGUAUAUAAUUGUUUCAACUAAUUACAUGACUAUUAAGUAAAUUUUUAAAGGAACACACUUUUGUCUAUGCGAUCUACGAGUUUGGAUUGUAGUGUCCAAUAUUUUUUCCGUAAAUUAAUUUUUUUGGUUAUAGAUAAAAGUUUUUCCAUUAUUUUAUUUAGUUGUAAGCAUAAAAAUCGUAGUUAAAUUUCCCUACCAAAAAAUUUGUAGCUUUUGAAAUAAUUAUUUGUUUUUAUAUUUUUAUUGAACACACUGUUUAUGCUACCACUACAUCAACCUGUCCGAUGCGCGUUUCGAUAAUUCAUCUUCUUCAGACACCGAAAGUUAGUGGCAGUAAACGUUGUUCAGUAACGAUUCAUUCCUGUACUUAUACAGUGUGAUUCAUUAAAAUUGUUAUAGAUCCUGAAACAUUAUGAUUCAGCACAAUACAGGAUACAGUUCUAAUUUUACUUUGUAAAAGUGUACUUAAAAUAUGCGAAUUUAGUUAUGUAUGUGCUACCAUUGUCGAAAAUAAUUACAAUUAAUUACAUUUGCCAAAAAAAUUUUUUCAUUAUUUAUAAGGGUAAUUUUUAUGUUAGAAACUAAAAUAUAAUAAGUAAAGGAGGACAUAAUAUGUGUACAAAUUAUUAUUUUGAUCCUAAUUAUGAUUUAGGUGUAUCUAACCCAACUUUUUGAUUUAACACUCACCAUUACCAGAGGUAAUGACGUCAUAAAUCCUAACAUAUAUCCAUCCAGAGUACGUUUCACUUAACGUCCGCAUAGUAGAGGAACUAGAAUAAAAUUUAGAGGAUUUCCAUGCAUUUUUAAUAAAACUGACUGCAUACAUCAGUUUCAGAAUUGUUAGAAGUGGUUUCUUUUGUUUAUAAAGGGUGUUUCAAUGGUUCCGGAAGUUACGUAGAAUGUACUGGAGAAAAUUGUGACAUAGAUAAUCUUCAUAUACCGAGAAACUAUUUCGCUAUGUGGAAAUUGUGAAUUUUUGAAAUUUUCUAACCAAGAAGAUUGAAAUUUUGUUUCAUAAAUGACAUUUUUUAUAUAGAUUUCAAUUUAAAUUUUACAUUAUUAUAUUUACAACAACUUUAAGUGAUAAUCUACUCUAUAUGUAUAUAUUUUAAUAUUAGAUACAUAAACGUUUUAUACACGUGCAGUGUUUUUGAUAUGACGUCAACGCAAUUGCUGACUUGUUAAGUCAAUAGUGUAACGUCAAUAAAUGACGUCAUUACUACUUGCUAAGGUAUAGAGUGUUUCACAAUCCAAGAAAGUGCCUUUACAAACCUACAUAAGACGCAAAAGUCGUAAAUUUAUGACUAUUUAUUGGAGCUGUAUUAAUUUUUUGUUAAUAGUAUCUUGUGAUAUAUUGCUCCAACUUUCACAUCGAGCAUUCUACAUUUAUUCUCGCGAGGAUGACCACAAUUACGGACGUUCCUAUCAAACUAUUCCCAAAAAACUUCAAUGAGAUUGAGGUCCGGGCUCUGAGGAGGCCAAAUCAUAUUUAUUAACACCCCUUGUGCCUCUUUCUCUUCCAAAUACACUCUGUAUAAUUUUGAGCUAUGCUUAAGAUCAUAGUUCUUUUCGAAGAUAAAUCCCUAUCCAAAUCAUCGCAAUCCCUGUUUCAUAAUACCAUCAAUUUUUAUCAAAUCGCUAGUUACAUUAUUAGAAAAGCAACCUCAGGCCAUAAUUGAACCACCACUUUGGUUGAUUGUUAGGACUACACAGUUUGGUAUCAUAGGCACUGCGUCUAACGUAAAUUAUUCGGUUUGAACUCAGACUUGGUUUCAUCGGUCCAUAGAACUUUUUUAAAAUCUUCUUCAGUCCAAUCUCGAUGGGCAAGGGCCCAGUACAUCGGUUUUUUUUCUCGAUUUGUGACGUUAGCAAAGGUUUUCGUACGACUACCAUACAACUUCGUAAGCACCAAAGUUGUAGUGGAACAAUUAAUCUCAUCAUCAGUUUCCUCGAAACAGUCUCCAUGAAAGUGACUAUAACCGUGGCUCUUUUUCUUCUACAUACAUUCCAUUGCGACGAAUAAAGUCUUCUUGAAGGGAAUCAAUGCUAUCGAAUUAUUCACAAUUUUCCAAACUGUACUUUCAUGAAUGCUCGUUAAAGCUGAGUGUCUUUCAACGAAAAGUAUUUUACUUGGCCUCACUCUACUAAUUUUAAGUAAACAAUUUUAAUUAUCAUUUUUGCCUCAACGGGCUGAUACUAUUGAACUUUAUAAUACACACUGUUUUAUGGCUCGAAAUAAACUGACACAGACAAAGGCGUUGGUAUAAAUUUUAGGAUAAAAUGUAUUCUAUUGCAUCUCAUAUAUUAACUGGAGGCUAAUCACUUUCUUACAUCGUGAAAAAUUCUGUAGUAGUGUAUAUUUCAUUUUACUGGCAUUUAUCUACAGUUUUAUUCGAUUCUCUCAUGAGUUAUUUUGGAAAUUUACAAGAAUUCUCUCAUAUUAUGAAAUUUUUCACUUUAAUAUUGAUAAAAGUUAAAAGUAACUUAUUUACUUUUCAUAAAAUUUUUUUUAAUCUCGUAUGUUUUGGCAAACGUUUUGUUGUUUAUGAAAUUUUUAGUUUGAAGAAAAAAUCGAUUCAGUUUUAAAUGAAAAAAAAAUAUUUUUAAAAAUUAAUAAAAACAGAAAGUUGCCAAAACAUGGUAAGUAUUAUCAACAAUCAUAGUUAAUAUUUUCGCCAUAAUGUAUUAAUUUGAUGUACGUUAUUUUGUACGAUUUAGGAUUGUAUUGAUGUUGGUGGAAGUGUGUUCGGUAAUCAUUUACACUAACCAACAAAGUUGUGUGAUCCUUUUCUUAUUUUUAUUCCGGAAUCUAUUGUGUCAAUAUCAAAAAACUGAAUCCGAAUAGUUUUUUAUACACCAUUAUUACUUAAGCGAAAAUCUAACAAUAGGUUGUACGAUUUAGUGGUAUAUUAAUGUGAUAAUUAUUUUAAUAUUUUGUUUAGUAUUUGCAUAUUGUGUUUCUAUGGAUUCAAGGUAUUUCAUAAUUUUGUUAUAUAUUGUAAAAAUAUAGUUAUUCAAGGACA